CAUACUUCUCACAAUCUGCAACUCUUGAACUAAUUACAUCUUCAAAUCGUCUCUUUCUCUUUCACAAAAUGUUCCGAACCGCCCUCCGAACCUCUGCCGGCGCUGCCUUCCGCCAACAAGCCGUAGCCCGUCGUUACGCUUCUUCCUCAUCCCACAAGGCUCCUGCUGGAGAUGCUACCUGGGCCAUGGGCAGCGCCGCCGUCUUUGGAUCCAUCACCGCUUAUCUCUUGAUGUCCGGAGGCAAGCCUGCAGAGGCUGCCGUGCACUCGACCUCGAACAUGAAGAUUGCGGAUUCGACCGAGAAGAACGUCACCCCGGAGGAUGCGCCCACUUUGACCAACACUUCUGCCGAGUCCGUACACAAGGGUUCCGGUCGUGCGAUCAAGAGCAUCGAGGGAGAGAAGACUGACGACUCGAGCGAUGACAACGAGGACAAGGAGGAAUCCUCUGCUCCUGCUCCUUCUGCUGAGGAGACCAGCGAGCCCGCUGAAGGUCGAAAGGCCGAAGAUAUCCCUGACUCCGAGAUCUCUGGCAAGGCCGCUCAGGCCAGCAUGAAGCUCGCCGAGUCCGUCAACGUGCCCAAGGCGGCCAUGAGUAACCAGACCGAGGAUUCCUCCUCCAGCGAUUCCGGCUCUGGCUCUAGCUCGGGUGAGGAGGGCGGUAAGAUGGAGGCCGCCGACGAGGGUCGAAAGGCAGAGGACAUUCCCGCUUCCGAGAUCGAAAACUCGUUGCACCAGGCCGAGGUUAGUCAGGAGUCUGCUUGGAAUGCAUUCGAUAUGGAAACGCAUUCAUUCAGCUGACGCUCGGGUGGGAUAUCAUUUGUUUUGGUUGUUAUUCGUAGGAGGCAUGUGUACCCAGCGCCACCUGGGCCGAUGGCAAGCGAGAGUAGACGAGAAUGGAUAGAACAAAGAACCAUCUAAUUAAAGCAUCAUGUAAACCGAACCGUCGACAUGAAAACAACAUGAAUUGCACCGAGGUUUGGCACAUCGCGAUCGAUUCGGCAUGCAAGCGAUCGAUUCGGCAUGCAAGCGAU